UUUCUGCCAUCAAGGUUGUGUCAUCUGCAUACCUGAGGUUGUUGAUAUUUCUUCUGACAAUCUUACUUCCGGCUUGGGAUUCAUCUAGUCCAGCCUUUCGCAUGAUGAAUUCUGUAUAUAAAUUAAAUAAGCAGGGAGACAAUAUACAACCUUGUCGUACUCCUUUCUGGAACUCUCUAGCUUUCUCCAUAAUCCAGCGCAUGUUUGCUAUUUGGUCUCUGGUUCCUCUGCCCCUUCGAAAUCCAGCUUGCACUUCUGGGAGUUCUCGGUCCACAUACUGCCUAAGCCUGCCUUGUAGAAUUUUAAGCAUAACCUUGCUUGAGUGUGAAAUGAGCGCAAUUGUGCGGUAGUUGGAGCAUUAUUUGGAUGUUAAUCCCCACUUAACUCCCCACGGAAUCAACACUUAUUAUUUGCUGACUCUCCUACUUUUCAGAUUCCUGCUUUUGGGCUCUCCGUGGGCAUCUGGUGGUGAUGGUCGUUGUCGUUAAAUUUCUAUACUGCCCUACAUCCUAUGAUCACAGGGCUGUUGACAAUAUAAAAGCACAAAAAUAUAUAACCUAGUAACAUACAAGAACAACACCCCACCCCCAGUUUAAAAGGCCAUAGGCAUAGAUUAUUUAAUUAACCAAAGGCCUGGGAGAAGAGGAAUGUUUUUGCCUGGUGCCUAAAGAUAUGCAACAAAAGUGCCAAGCCAGCUUCCCUGGGGAGAGCACUCCACUGCUGAAAAGCCCCGUUCUGGUGAUGCCAACCUCCGGACUCCUCACGGACGCAUCUCCACAGAAAACCUACCCUUCACCCUUCAAAAUUUAGGAAAUAUUCCCUGAGAAAAAUACACAUUAUUUUAGCGCACAGAACAGUCCCCAAAAAGCCACCUUGGCUCUCUUAAAUACUCUAAAUAUUUCUUCUACAGGAGGAGAUAUCUUGGAGAAACCUUUCCCAUCAGUGACUUGCAAAUCCUGUCUUAAGGGCGUACAUAUUUGUGUAUGAAUAGGGUGGGCCUGUGACCUGGAUCCAGGAUAAAGUAUUUACCAUCUCAAUGGCCAGACUGCCCACGUAAAGCAUUAUCAGGUGCUGUUGGCGGAGUGAGUGCCAUGCUCUGGAGUGCUUAGCUUUCUAACAUGGCAGAGGGAGGUGGAAAUGAAGAAGUGAUUGACUUGAACAGUUUCCGGAGCCACCGAGGGAAAGAUAGAAUAAACCACAGAGACGAGGGGCUUAUCACCAUAUCUGACUCCUCGGAUGAAGAAUUGCCUGUGAUGCUGGACAUUCCUGUUCGCCGGCAGUGGGAGGAUGAGGAAGACGACGUAGUCAUAUUGAUGGAGACAGGAGCGAAGAAGCUUUUGCGCUCCAAUGUGAUCAGACCAGCGGCUCCCUGGCAGAGUGCGAGCAAGUCGGGGGAAGGAGGAUCCAAGGGCGACAUGUUGCCAGGGCCCCACGAUGGACAGAAGGCGAGGACCACCCCUUCCCCAAGGCCGCCUGGCGCUUGGCAGAACUGCGCGAAGGCCGCUGGCAUGCUGCUGGGACGGCAGGAAAGCGAGAGCGAGGUCUUGGAACUGCCAGGAACCCCAGAGCCUGUUGGGCCGAGGGGGGACGGCGAUGGGGCUGUUCCGGAGCCUGGUCCCAGCGUGCCUCGGACGAGAGAGGCGAGACCCAGCGGUGAGAAGGAGGUCAUCAACUUGGAGGAGGUCUUGCUCACUGAUGAGGAAGGGCAGGAGCAGAGGGAGCCAGAGCUGCAACCAAGGCUGGCACCGCCGCUUGGAGGGACUGCCCGGUGCAUCCAGGAGAACAUGCGGCUGGACCACCCCUAUUUCCAGCCCGCUGAGAAGGAUGCGGGCCCUGUGGUCAACCUAAUUUCUCCUCAGCGAGGGCAGCGGGACAUGGACCUGGGCCCGCUGCCCAGGGCGUACCAGGAGGAGAUCCCUGGGCCUGCCUUUCCCAGGCCAGAGCCGCCACAGGACGGGAUCCCAGGCCCCGCCUCCCCACAGCUGGCUCACCCACCAGAAGAAGAGGGAGGUGGGCAGCAGGCAACGGUCAAUGAGCAGGCGGGCCCCUCUUCGCCAGCCCGAGGCCCCCCAGAUCCUGGUUCCGGCGACAUUCCCAAGCAAGGCACUGCUCCUCAGCUUGACAAAGACCUCUUUGCUCUUCUCAUCAGGGAAACGGAAGCAAGGUUCCCAGAUGCAACCAGAGAGUACAUUGAGGAUCUAAUACAGAAUAAAAACUGCUGUGACUUAAACAUACUUUGUAAUUUUCUUCUGGAAAAUCCAGAUUACCCAAAGAAGGAAGGCAGAGUGGUUUUAAAUCCAAAUAGCAGCCUCCUCUCCAGCCCAGAUGAGACAAAGGUGCCUAAAGUGGACUACUUUGACUUUUCCAAACUUGAACCGCUUGAUCAGCGCUGCUUUAUCCAAGCGGCUGAUCUCCUCAUGGCCGACUUCAAAAUGUUGAGCAGCCAGGACAUCAAGUGGGCGCUGCAUGAGCUCAAGGGACACUAUGCAAUCACACGAAAGGCCUUUUCGGAUGCCAUCAAAAAAUGGCAAGAACUGUCUCCUGAAACCAGCGGGAAGCGGAAAAGGAGGAAAGAAAUGAACCAGUAUUCCUACAUAGACUUCAAAUUUGAGCAAGGUGACAUGAAAAUAGAGAAGCGCAUGUUCUUCUUGGAGAACAAGAGGAGGCACUACAGGAGCUACGACGCGUGCGCUCUCUUGCCAGCCGUGCAGCUGGAGCAGGAGUUCUACGAGCAGAAGAUCAAGGAAAUGGCAGAGCAUGCAGAUUUUCUGCUCGCCCUGCAGGUAAACGAGGAGCAGUAUCAAAAAAAUGGCCAGAUGAUCGUGUGUUGCUGUUGCUACGGGGACUUUGCCUUUGAGGAGCUGACGCAAUGUGCGGAUGGACAUCUGUUUUGCAAGGAGUGCCUAAUCAAGUACGCUCAGGAAGCAGUCUUUGGCUCCGGCAAGUCGGAGCUCAGCUGCAUGGAAGGGAGUUGCACGUGCUCAUUUCCAACCAGUGAACUGGAGAAAGUGCUUCCUGAAAACAUCCUGUGCAAAUACUAUGAGCGGAAAGCAGAGGAGGAGGUGGCUGCUGCCUGUGCGGAUGAGUUAGUCAGGUGUCCCUUCUGCAGCUUCCCAGCUCUGCUGGACAAGGAUGUGAAGCGGUUCAGCUGCCCCAACCCUCGAUGCCGGAAGGAAACCUGCAGGAAAUGCCAGGGCCUCUGGAAGGAGCAUAUGAACCUCACCUGUGAGCAGCUGGCCGAGAAGGAUGACAUAAAAUACCGAACAUCUAUAGAAGAGAAGAUGACAGCGGCUCGCAUCAGAAAGUGCCACAAGUGCGCCACCGGCCUGAUAAAAUCCGAAGGCUGCAACCGCAUGUCGUGCCGCUGUGGCGCCCAGAUGUGCUACCUCUGCCGAGCCGCCAUUAAUGGGUACGACCACUUCUGCCAACACCCCCGAUCCCCAGGGGCCCCUUGUCAAGACUGUGCAAAGUGCUCCCUCUGGACAGACCCCACGGAGGAUGAUGAGAAGAUAAUCCAGGAGAUUCAGAAGGAAGCUGAAGAGGAGCAAAAGAGGAAAAAUGGAGAAAACAGUUUCAAGCGGAUUGGGCCCCCGGCAGAGAAGCCUGCGGAGAAAAUCCCACGGAUCGAAGCCAUCCCAAGGCCGGUCCCACAGAACCUUCACCACCAAAUGCCCCCGUACCCGUUUGUGCACCCUGCCUACCCGCUGAACAUGCCCCCCGUCCGCCCGCUCUACAACAACAUUGGCCACAUCAACAUGGGACCCAUCCCUGCCCCUUACGUGCCCCCCCUGCCCAACAUGCGGGUGAACUACGACUUCCCCCAGGUGAACCUGCCGCUGGAACACAACCUCCCCAUGCACUUUGGCCCGCAGCCACGGCACCGGUUCUGACCCGACUCAGGGCGGCGCCAGGACCUUGGGAAGUCUCUGCAGGGAAAGUCCACACACUGGCUGACGCAGCCCACCCCUCCCUCUCUCCUCCACUUUUCCAGUAAACGGCAAGCGCUGGACACACUCCUGGGCACCCCUCCGGUCUUCUCAUCCAACAUGGCAAGAUAAGCGCCUUCGCUGCCCAGUCUCUGUUGCAGGAAGUGGAAGGGAAGGGAGGCUUGCCCUGGCGCCCUUUUGCUUCCGCCGCUCGUCUAGGAAGGAGGUUCUCUGCUCAGUGAGGGGGUGCAGGGGGGCCUGUUUGGCAAGAGGCAACAACGACUUGGACCCACGUGCCAAAAACACAGUUUCUCUUGCCUGCCCAAACGGUGCUAAGAGCGGAAAGAAUUGGGUGGGAGCUUCAGCUCUGGCCGGCUACAGAUCUUGACCGGUUUGGUUGACGGGCAAAUUCAACCAUUGAUGGGAACCACCGAGGCAAGAAGAAGUUGGCAGAUGCGUGAAACAUCAGAUUGGCAGCUUCUGUGGCCCUCAGGUCAGGAUGAAACCCCAGCAGAGCUCUUCCCACCACAACCAUGUUGUGCCUUUGGCACAGGAGUCAGACGGGUUGCAGCUAACUAAGUCCUACUCAAGAGUAGACCCGUUUAAACCAGUGAGCCUAAGUUGGCUGUGUCCAUGAAGUUCAGUGGCUCCACUCUGAGCAGGACCAGCCUUGGCUGCAACCCAGCCUUCCCCAACUCCGUCUGUUGGUGGGUCGGGCUUUUCCAAGAGAUACUGGAGGCCUCUGAUUCUUCCGAGGUGCCAAACUGAGGACUUGCUGUCACUCAGCACAGCUCAAUGUAAGGUGAGACCACAUCUCUUUAAAAUGGACGCGGCUUCUGUGGCUGGAACAGUUCUUAAGUGUGUGAGCCAAACCUCUGGCACAGGGGCCUCUGACUUAGCAGUGGUGUGGGUUUUGGGUGCGUCGCCCCUACGACUGCUUCCUUCUGGGCUUUGCAAAGCCUUGUGGGUUGAAUCCUGGUACAGCUGCAGGGAGGGCGGUGGGGGUGGUGACAGGUCUGCAGUCCUUGGAAGGAAACGGAGCGUCGGUUGGCUUCGCAGGUGAGCCUCUGCCGCAUGUUGGGAGUACCUGCUGGCGGACUUGUCUAGUUGUGGUCCGAAGCACUCUUGGGCAUCUUGCAGGCUUGGAGGUUUCCUUACAAGUCAAGGAAUCCCCCCUGUGCACUUGCAAGGCAUUUCCAGCUCCUAGCCUCCGGAGGACCACCAUGGAUUCCCCACCCUUGGCUUAAGGGCUGUUUUGUACCAACGCCGGCAAGUGCACAGCCGGUUGCAGCCUGUCCUUCAAAGGCUCCCAUGUGCCUGAGCACUUCUGUGGAGUGAACUGACCCUCCACAUGACUUGCGGAACUCCAGAGCUCUGCAGUCCUGCCUCUGCACCAAGGAGGGGUCUCUGCUGCCAGAUACGGACCGCUUCUCGCAAAACGGCACGCCAGGUCCACCCACGCUGUAAGGCUUCUGUGUGGCGAGCGCUGCAGGAGUGAGCGCAGGAUCACAUCCUGUCCGCCUGACGUAACGCCACCCAUUUGAAACAGUUUCCCCCCGCAGAGCUAUGAACAUGGAUGCUCUCAUUUGCUAGGAUUAUGAGCAACUGCUUUGGAAAGAUAGCUGCCUCCAACUCCCCCUCUCACAAAAAAAUAAACCCAAGAGUUCCCAACCACCCUUUUGCUUAAUGAUAAGAACAUUUAGCAUUUACUCUUUGAAAUUCUGGGUCUGUUUUCCUUUUAGAAGUAUUACAAUAUAGCAUCUUUGGGGUGGAAUGAGGGCGUGGAACCAGUUCUGAGUUGGACUCUUCUCUCCCCCGACCUUCCCUUUUGACCUUUGUAGUCCUGGGACUAUGGGCCACAGACAAAGCCAAAUACGGCAGCUUCCCCCCCCAUUCCCUCUCUUCAUGUGUUGGCCCCCCUCCCCCUUGAAUGGAAGGGUGUUUGUGGAUUUGGGAGCUCCCUGUGGAUUUGGGAGCUCCACCAGGGCUCUGAAAACGGGCAAACCUUAAACCCUGAGAGACAAGCCAAACAAUUCUCCCACUAGCCGCGGGGAUGCCGUUGCCUCCUGCCCUCCCCUCUUCCUUUGCAAUACGCACCCGAGCACCACCACCUGUUUAUUUGGAAACUGAUCUGUUUCAGUCCCUCCCACUCAUUUAAUUUGGUGCUCUCCUGGACUGCAACGCCAGUCUCACCUGAUCAUUUGCCAGGCUGGCUGGGGGCCUGAGUCUGCAACAUCUGGAGGGCACCAGGUUGGGAAUGGCUGAGGGACUGUAUAGCAAAAGGCACCAUUAUGAAACAAUGACUCUCUUGCUGCAGAGAGAGAACAUCUUCCUGUAGGACAGUUGUGCAGGGAGGGAAGGUGUGUGAGCUGCGGGUGAAUCUGGCAAUACCUGCAUUUCAAGUUUGUUCCAUGUAACCUGUUGGCUUAAAAGUUUCAUUGCGUUAACUGUUCCAUGUUCACCGUAGUUUAAAAUCACGCUGUUCGUCGACACUGCUGCUCCUGUUCAGUGAUUCUUAAAAGGUGUCACGAUGCAGCUGGCCAAGUGCUCCUCGGUUGGUUUUUCUUCAGGUUUUGACAUUAGCACCUUAACUUUAAAACAAAAUAUUAGCCCCUCUUGUAUCACAGCUGUAGACAGAGAGGAGGCCUGUGGGUGCCAUCCUGCGGUUUAAUUGAUAAGAGAAGCUGCUUCUGCAUCGCUCCCCAUUUGUCCAUUGACACUGCCUUUCCAGGAUUGCUUCUGCCGUUUGCAUGUGGUGCCCAAGGACUCUGUUGCAGAGAAAGCCCAGCAGCACCGAAUCUUUCCCCAGUCUCUUUGACUACCCUUCCAUGGGUCUCGCUGGGAGGAGAAGCUCCUGUGCACUCAGAGCUCUGGGCCAGAUCCACUUUCUAUGCAGCAGGCACAAUUUCCCUGGGGAGGCAGCGUCCCCCAGGUUGCAAAUGAAGCGCGGGUGGCAUUCCUGCCCCCGCCGGCCCAUUCAUGUGCACACGGACAGUUGGGCCGGCACAUCCUGAUGGGGGUAAGGACCUUGCAUCCCUUUUCCUCUUGGGGAAUUCUGGUGCGCUCACAGUGGUGGCGUUGGCCGUGCAGAGUGCGGGGCUGCCCAGAGAGGCCAGCACUUGGAGGCAAAGCUCAACUUCUGGCAAGGAGCUUGACGUUUUUGCCAGCCUAGGCUGAAGAAUCGCCCUGGCACGUGCCAAGAGCCCUGGGUGCCUCUACCAAGAUGCUUAGAGCCUUCCUAGCGCUGAGCAGAUCCUUGCGCACCAAAAGCGUUUCCCUAUUGUUGGGCUGCUGUGCUCUCUUCCCUUUGCUUUGACCAGCUCACAUGGAGUUUAUCAUUGGUUAUCUCUAAACCGUAGCAUUUUGGAAGGUCUUUGUGGAUGUUUGUACUUGAGUGAAGGUAGCUGGGAGCAGGCAGAGGGGCAGUUAAAUCCGGCUGCUGUUGCCUUAGUACGACCGGAGACCUUUCAUUGCAGUUUUCUGGACCCCUGAGGCCCUUGGCCUUUCCCCAUCUUCCCAUUUUCUGUGCUGACUCUAGUUCGUAGCCUCCAUUCAUUCCAGGCUGCUUCCUGUAGAGAUUGAGACUUGGGUGUCCUGUUAGCCAGAGACUGGAAGCUCAGCUGUUGCUGUUCUUGAUAUCCAGUGGAUUUCAAAAGCCAUUUAGCAUGGAUGGGAUGGCCUAUUCCUCCACCCCCCCAUCUCCACUUGGUGCCCCUUUUAAUGAGGUUUUUUUGUUUUUGUUUUUUGACGGGUCUUCCUCUUUGCAUAGACAGAAUACUGAAGAAAGAUACUCACCCUGGUGGUGGCCUUGGUAGACUGACUGGCCCCUUAGCCUCUGUGUCCCAUCAUUCUAGUGCUCUGAGUAAAAUAAUUCUUUAAUUGGGGAUAAUCCACCUCUCUCGGGAAAUUGAGGCAUUUUCACUCAAAGGAGGGUGCUUUUUUACCGCAUCUGAAACUAAAACACUCUUUCCUCAUUCUUUGCCCACCCACGUGCAGUGGCGAGAACCUCUUGGGGUCCAUACGGACUUUAAAAAUGAUGAUUUUUGGCCUUGCUCAUUUUGAUGUGUAAGCCUGAAGCAAAGACCUCCUUAGCCUUUGAUCAUGAACAGAGAUGCCCGGGUCCAGCUCCUGGCACUUCUUGAACAGCCUUGUUCAAUUGCCUCCCCCCCCCUCCAGUGGAAGGGUGCCCUUUAGCAUUUUGCCUUUCUCUUUGCAACUUCUUGUUUGUAGUUGCACAACUUCAAUGAGCCACCCCAUCCCUUGAAGCGGAUUUUGGUCCUCGAUCACGUCCCGUGUUAAGAACACCACGUCGGGGAGAAAGGGCAGCCAUCUGCAGGGAAGAGGCCCACAGGUGGCAAGGAUUUCCUUUCUUGCAGGUAUUCCAGGAUGAAUCUUAACUUCGGCUAUAUGUUGAUUGCCUUUUCCAAGUUUCGCACAGGGAGAGCAUCACCUCUUUGCGAGGGGCUUUCUGAACUUUGGCCAAGGAAACUUUGCCAAACCUGUGUGUCUGACAUGGGAGAGCAUGGCCCCCACGCCACUGUGACGUAGCGUGAAGGCCGGCUUCUCACUGCGGUGGUUUCCUUCUGCCCAGGCCGCACCACCUGCGCAUGCAGCACGGCCUCUCAUGACAGAACACUUCUCUGCUCUUUUUUUUUAAAAAAAUCCUUCCACGCAUAAAACUAGCAAGCUCAAGGAUUCUAGCCUGCCCACUCCCCCCUGCCAUGUUGUUUUCCAGCAUAGGGGGAUUUUUUUGAUUUUUUAAAGUACCCUGAAGAGGUCCAGCCUGGAAAAAACCGCCUCACUGCGAGCUAGGACCGUUUAGCAUGGGUAACAUUGAAGUCCCUCGAGCUUGAGCCAGGCUUCCUGGACAGGGCGCCCUCCAGUUGUUCUGCACUACAACUCCCAUCAGCCCCAGCUAGUACAGCUGUGAGGAGUACCCAAUAUGGCCCUCCUUGCUGGGAGUUGCAGUGCAAAACAUCUGGCUGGACAGCAGUUAGCAAAGGCUGCUGUUGACAUGCCCCUGUGUGCUCCAGGUUAUUAUGAUCUCUUCUUUUGUAUUUGCAUUUUCCUUUGUGACUUUUUUUAAUUUAAAAAAAAUCAUCUCUCUUUACGGGUAGACACAGGGAAGUGUGUAUUUUGUACACCCCAAGCUUGACAUUUUAACAGGUACUUUCUAUUCUCAAAUUUGCAGUGUCACAUUUAACUUGCCUUAAAAGGUGGAGAGAGAAAUCUAGUAUUUGCACUUAGCAAAAAGAAAAAAGAAAGAAAAGAAAUGGAAAAAAAGAGAGCAAACGCUAUUGAGGGAAAAUUGUGCAUGUCCUGCAACUUUGUAUAACAAUAGCUUAAAAAUGAAUAAGUGGUUUGUUUAUUAAUAAAGAAAGGAAAAAAGAAUAUUUUUUUCUUUACCUUCUGGUAGGAAACCGUUCUAAUAUUCUGUGUGUAAAAAGUUUCUGUAUUAUAUUGUAAUUUGAAUUUUUUGUAAUUAAAACAACAACCUUGUGCACUC